UUCCGUUUGAAGGGGAGAUUCUUGCUGGCCGGGUUGUAUAACUCAAUACCUGCUUCGGAUGAUUUUCACCAAAUCGUCUUUUUGAUCUUUUAUUAUAUUUAAUCGGUUUUGCAUUAAGAUUUUUUUUUUCUUGAAAGAAUGGCUUCUAAAUCAACCCGUGGUUCUUCUUAUAGACCUGAUUCUCCGAGAUUGGUCGUGUUUUUUCUGGGUAUUUGUCUGGUUGGUUAUAUCGUAAGGAAUAUGAAGGAGAACUUAGCUGAUCAAGUCUCAUGUCCUCUAUGCGAAUGUAAAUGUUCUUUGGAGGACUUCUUAUCCAUACCAUUAGAUUGUGGUAAGCAUGAUGCUGACAUGAAUAAAGAGAUGGAGAAAGACGUUGUAGAAUUAUUGUCUGAUGAACUAAAUCUACAGAGAGAUGUGACCAAUGACAUGAUGGAACAUAGUAAGGUAUUGAUACUAKAGGCAAAGGAAUCAUCUUCUCAUUACCAAAAAGAAGCAGAAAAAUGCAAUUUAGGAGUGGAAGCGUGUGAAGAAGCAAGAGAGAAGGCUGAAGCAGCUCUGAGAGCGGAGCUUAAGCAGUCAGAAUUGUGGGAGAAAAGGGCCCGCGAACUUGGGUGGAAGGAUAGAAAAGGGGCUCACUUUUAAACAAGUAAUUGAUAGUCUCUAUAGGGAUCUCUAUACUUUCCAUAGUUGAGGUGGCGAGCCACAUGUAUAUUC